UGAAAAGCUACAUGUACUCGAUGGUUCAUAAUAUAGUAAAGGUUUCGUGGUGUAACCUGAUUGGUCACCACCACUUACACGACACUCAGUUAAAUACGGUUACCUCGCUUAGGCAGCGUGUUGUCAAUGAAAACGUACACCUCAGCUUCACCAUUAAAUAGUUUAUUUCUUAUAUAGGUUAUUUUCAUUUGAGGAACGUUUGUGCUCAAAACUGUCGAAAGUCAGUUACCAAAAGAGUUUCUGUUUAUUUUGUUUUUUGUGCCGCUCAAGUUUGUGAGGCCUUUUUGCUGAUAACCAACAAGCUUAGAUCACUGAUUUUAUUGAAGUUUGAGUCCUUGUGACACAAUGCAAGAAAACUGCAGGCGCAUGUAGUCUUGCAUACAAGUUAAUUUACAAGAACCUGGUACAACUGCAAAAUUUGUAACACAAGAUGAAGAUCGCAUCGUGUCUGUCAACAGUGGUUACAUUUCUUUUACUUAUAGACAUCUCAAAAGCAAAGAAGAGGGCUCCAAAAUGUUCUUUGUGCAAAGAAGUAACCAAAAAUUUUCAGAAGGGCAUGGAGCGCACAAUGAAAUCCAACUUUGGUGGAGGAAACACAGACUGGGAGGAGAGUAGACUUGGUUCUUAUGCUGACAGUGAAAUUCGACUCGUUGAAAUAAUGGAAAACAUAUGCCAGGAUGCCAGCAAAGAGUGCCAUCAUUUAGUUGAAGAAAAUGAAGAAAUUAUAGAAGACUUCUGGUUCAAGUCUGGGCUGCAAAAAUCAGAAGAAAGCUUCUUUGAAUUUUUCUGUAUUAAUAUGGUAAAAGCUUGUUGCCCUAAAAAUUCAUAUGGACCAACAUGCAAAGAAUGUACAGGAGGCAUUGAACGACCUUGCAGAGGAAAUGGUAGAUGUGACGGAGAAGGAACACGAGAAGGCUCAGGCAAAUGUAAAUGUAGUGCUGGUUACAAAGGAAAGACUUGUGAUGAAUGUUCAGAUGGUUAUUUUGAAGAAGUGAAAAAUGAUACAGACACCAUUUGUAAAGUUUGUCAUAUUUCCUGCAAAAAUAAGUGCAAUGCAUAUGGUCGACAAGGCUGUGAAGAGUGUAAAGAUGGGUGGACUUACAAUAAAGAUUUAGGCUGUCAAGACAUAGAUGAAUGCUUCAGCGAACCAUGUGAGAAAAACCAAUACUGCGCAAAUACCCAGGGAUCUUAUGAAUGCCUGAACUGCAAUGAUGCCUGCAAUGGAUGCUCAGGUUCAGGCCCAGAGAAUUGUAACCAGUGCAGUGAAGGAUUUUUUCUAAAUGGUACUUUGUGUAUUGAUGUGGAUGAGUGCAAGAGUAUGGCAGCAGAUCUGUUAUGUGCGAAAGAUAAUGAAAUGUGCCAGAACACCUUAGGUUCCUACAAAUGUGUUUGCUCUCCUGGCUUCCAGAUGCAAGGAGAUGGUUGUCAGCAUAAGCCUACAGAAAUCAAAGCACACAAAGAGAAUUCCAAGAAGUCGUCUGAGAAGUUGAGGUUUAACAAAAACAUGCUGGACAUUCUCUUCACUGUUCCUGCCUUUUUGGGCAUUCUUGUUAUCUUGUUCGUGAUCAUGAAGCUGUUGUACUAUGUCAGCCCUGUUUUAAUGACUUUAUCUGUGGGAGUGCUUGCAGUUUAUGUUUUUUACUUUGCCUCCCAGUAUGACUUAAGACAGUUGUGACAAGUAUUCACUUUCAGAUCUAAUGUUCAGUGUAACUUGCAAUGAAUGACAGUUGUCUUUUAUCUGUUUCAUGUCCAGUUAUUUGAUAGCAGCACCCAUGAAACUGCAUAGAAAAUUGAGAAUUUGCUAUACUUCAUAAAUAAUGUUACUGAAUCAAAGAGCACUCUUUGGUUCAGAAAAGAGUUCAACAUUCUCUUUCUGACAUCAGUCGUGUUGUUACACGCACCCUUUUCUGCAGCUGAGCAAAGCUUAAAACUUAAUCACAAAGAACUUAAAAUAAUGCUAAGGACCCGAAAAGUGCUUUUUGGUCAACCCUGAAGGGAAGCAAAUCACCACAAACUCUCCAAAGUAUACUGAUGUCAUCGGUCCCUAAGACCUAAGUCACUAACAAAUAUCAGAUGGUAAAAUUAAAAUUAUUUUACAAUAGUGAUCAAGUGUUAAUUUCAUUUUACAUAUAAAGGCAACGUAAAGUAUUUGCUCCAUACACAGAGUACAUAGAGAAUAUACAAAAUUAAGAGGUGUAUGCAGAGAAAAUUUACAGCAGUGUGUGUGUGAAAAAACUAAGUCCUGCAGCAUCCUAGUGACCAGCAAACUACAAUUCAGAUCAAUUGUUUAGGUGGUUGAAGAUUUGUACCCAAAUAAUAAUAAAAAAAUCCUUGGCAAACUCCAUAAUAGGAACAUUUUGGACAUGUGUUGAAGAUCAUGGAAGGAGGGAAGUAUGACGACUCUUUGUUGUAGUAAUGUUAACAUCAGACUGAUGACUAAUGUUGUGACAUCUCCACUGGAGCUUGUUUUCAUAAAGCACAUUUAACCACUGAAUAAAUUUUCUGCUCACAGGUAGCAACUAAUGUUUUAGAAACCAUUCCAUUUUCUUUUUUUCUAUCCAUUCCCAUUAGUCAUCUUGUUUCUGAAUGGAGACCAAAAUUUGUUGCUGGACAAUUGCUCACAGUGAGCAGAUAAAAUUGAUUUUCCUCAGCUGCUUUGGUUUAAGACUUCGUGCUUAAUUAGAUCUUGACCUCACCCCUUAUUUUUUGGAAACCCCAGCUAUGCCAGUGCCAUUUCAGUGGUUCAUGAAUUUGUUUGCCAAUGGCUUUGAAUAGAGUCCAGAUUCAUGAACUGUUAUAAAGCUCUGAGCUUUUCGUUCCCUAUGAACUUGCAUGUUUAUUAACAUUUAGUUUGAAAGUCUCUUUUAGUUGAUAGCUUUUAAUUUUGCCACAAUGUACCAUUUUCUCCCCAUGAUCUACAUAUUUGCAGAAGCUGAACAAGAUCAGAAAGAAGCAGAGGAAGAUACCAACAGGGCUACUCCUGAUGAAGUGACAGAACAAAAAGAAGAAUUAUAGUUUUUCUGCUUUAAAAUGCUUAAUCAAAAGAUUGAAUCAACAUGCAGGCUUACUAGUGUGUUUAGACCCUUGUGUGCCUUGGAAGAUGUUUUUGUGAUCUAUUAAAUUAUGUUCAAUAAUUUC